AUGAGUUUCGGAGCUCCUGGAGGUGGUUCAGUGAACUACAAGCCCACACCUUCCAUGACACGAGGGCUUACGUUCUCAACUUUAGACCAGAGCGCGGAAGCUUUCCUCUCGACCACGAAGGUAUGGCAGUCUGAUGUCCUCGAGUCGAGCGGCGAUGCCGACGAAUACCUCCACUGGCAGGAGCGAAAAUGGCUGAUGGACCUUUGGAAUCUAGGAGAAUGCAAGCACAUUAUCUCGGGUUACUUGAAAUGUAUCAAGCUUAACCGCGGUACCAACGAUGAGGCCUGUCGGAAAUUGGCCAAGGAUUAUCUGGCCUGUCGAAUGGACAAGAACCUCAUGGCGCCAGACAACUUCCAGAACCUCGGUCUUGUAUUCAAAGAGGACCAACCGAACGACACAUCCACCUCGGCUGCAUCAGAAAAAUCGGACCAGGACAGAAAAACAUAG